ACAAACCCUAGCUUGCUUGUUCUUCUCCAUUCUUCCACCCCUCUCUUUCUCUCAAAGAUCUGAUCCAACAAACGAUCACCCAACCGCCACACGAAACAAAAGCUAGGGUUUGUAUUCUUCAUCUCUGGGGGUUCAUUUAUCACCAAAAAGCUAAGAUCAUUUCUUGGUCAUCUUUUCUUAAUUACCUUGAUUUAUAUAACAGAAUAUAGAAUGAACACAUUCAUACAUGUUCCUCCUGGUUUUCGAUUCCACCCAACGGAUGAAGAACUUGUGGAUUACUACCUUAGGAAAAAGAUUUGUUCAAGAAGGAUUGAAUUGGAUGUCAUUAAAGAUGUAGACCUUUAUAAAAUUGAACCAUGGGAUCUCCAAGGGAUAUGCAGUCUUGGGACAGAAGAUCAAAAUGAAUGGUAUUUUUUCAGCCAUAAGGACAAGAAAUAUCCAACAGGAACAAGAACAAAUAGGGCAACUGCUGCUGGAUUUUGGAAAGCAACAGGCAGAGAUAAGGCUAUCUAUUCUAAACACGAUUUGAUUGGUAUGAGAAAGACUUUGGUCUUUUACAAAGGUCGAGCUCCGAAUGGCCAAAAGUCCGAUUGGAUCAUGCAUGAGUAUAGGCUUGAAACGGAUGAAAAUGCUACACCACAGGAAGAAGGAUGGGUAGUUUGCAGGGUGUUUAAGAAGAGAAUAGCGACAGUAAGAAGAAUGAAUGAGCACGAAUCACCGUGUUGGUACGAGGAACCGAUGUCGUUUAUGCCUGACCUAGACUCUCCAAACCAAAGCUCACAUUCAAAUUUCCCUCACCAUGUUUCUAACUUCCCAUGCAAAAAGGAGGUAGAAUAUUUGCCCUACCAACAAGCUCAAGUACCCCAAGACAACCAUAAUUUCCUUCACUUACCCCUUUUGGAAAGCCAAAAGUUGGCCAAUACCUUUGCCCUAGACGUCAACUUACAAACCCCCAACUUCCAACCAUCAGCUCCAAAACAACAAAACAUCCCACAACAACACUCAGACCAAAAUUUGUUGUUUUUGUUCGACAAUAACAACAACAGCAGCGAUGAACAAACAAUGGAUGAGCUCACAGAUUGGCGCGUGUUUGAUAAAUAUGUUGCUUCUCAGCUCAGCCAAGAGAAUGUUAAUAAUAAUAAUGCUUCUAAGCAAGAAGUUAUGGUUCCACAAAAUGCUCCCACAUCCACGACUUCAACUUCUCCUAUUGAUCAGCUUUGGAAGUGAAACCAAAAAAACUUUUUCUCUUCUUAUUAAAGGGUUUAUUUCAUAUUAUUAUUAUAUUAUAAUUAAUUAUAGAAUGUUAUUAGAGUUCAAAAGGGUCUAAUUUGAAGUUGUUUCUAAUCAAGAUUUAUGUACAUAAUAAAGACUUAUAUAUAUUGUUGUACCAUUCGAUAUACAAUAUACACACAAGUAUACGUAACAGCUCUUUUAUGUGUCU